UCAAGGUAUUAAAUAUCGACACGGACAAAGUGCCAAAAAUAUGUAUACACGACCUUAUUGCCUAUACUUUAAGGUAGGGUAUACAUAUUUAUGACACUUCGUACGUGUAUAUAUUUAAUACCUUGACUGUACAAUCAGUAAUAAAAGUGCGUGUCACCAAUAUUUUGUUUUUAGGAGGCGAUGGCCAAUGCUAGUAGCCCAGACCGUAUUCGCGGGCGCCUUGUUCCUCAUGGCGGUGUUCGCGGCGAAGCCCGUGUUCCUGACGCCGCUCCAGGACGCUCCCCACGCGACGCUGACGUCCGACGAUAUUAUGACGACACUAAGCGCUGACACGCAGGUAAUUGUUACUCGUAUUUCGACAUACAUAUGUAUACAUUUUUUUACCUAUUGCGAAGGAUUAAAGGUGAAGAAAAGUAUAUAUAUUUAUGAACACCACUGUACUUCACGUUUUGAUUUUGUUUUGUUUUUGAUGCAGCUCGGCUAUGCACCCGACACGGGUCCCUACAAAGCUAUCAUGGACAAAGUGGCUGAGAAUCUUAAUAAAGAUCCAAAAUGGACGUGCCCGUGGAGGCCAUCUCUAGUCGAUUCCCACCGGUUUGCCUGUUCGAAACAAUUCAGCAGUGUAUCCUAUACAUGUUUGAAAGGAAAAACUGUUUUGAUUUCAGAUUUUUUGACUGGUUCCACUGAACAAGAGCUAAAUGAAAAGUUGUAUGAAAAAUCCAAAGGCCAGGUGUUGAAACAUCACAUUAUUUGGGUCGUUUGGAAAGAAAAGGAGCACAAUACUUGGAAGUUCAGCAUACGCUCCACAGAACUAGCGUACUUGGCUGAAGUGAACUCAACAGUGACAAGAACUCUUCCGCACAACAGACACCUCCUGAGUGGCUUCUUGGCUGUCCAGCUUGCUGUUUCUGAAGAAAUUUUGGCUGCAGAAAGCAAAGAAGGACUGAGGCAUAAGAUAAAGCUGAAAGCGAUGCCGAUAUCUCCUUUAAUGCAGAAAGAAGCGGUGCGACAGGCCAUGGUUUGGGUCCUUCUAUGCUUCACGGUGGCCUUCAUACCGCCCGUCAUGGAGGUCUCCGAGCUGGUGGUCCAUGAGACCUCCAACGAAUAUAAACGUGCGUUAUUCAUGCGAAAUGUUGGCGCCGCCUGCAUCUACCUCGGCUGGCUGUCGUACCUGCACAUGACGGCCUUACCCAUCCUCAUCCUCGCCACGCUGACGGUCAUACUCAUCUUCAGAUGGGUGUGGAUAUUCGUCGCCUUCGUGUUCGUGGCAAUCUAUAUCACUGUGAUGGCUAUGACGGCGUUCAUAGUGUGUAUGUUUCAGAGGAAAUCCCACAUUGCCGCGAUCUGGUCCGCACUGUUUACGCUUCUUCAGUUGUUCCUGGCGGACCUGCUGGUACACCAUGGGUUCGACGGCACCACCAGCUUCACCGUAUUGCUGCACAUACUUCUGCCGCCGCUGGGCCUCGUGCAUGGCUUCCAUGGUUUCGCUCUGCUGGAGACUGGACGUGAAGGCCUACAAAACACCAAAGUGUACGAGAACCAUACUCUGAUCAUCUGGAUAAUGAUGAUUCUCGCGUACUUCGGGCUGCUGAUGCUGCUGCAGCGAACGAUCGGGCGUGACCGCGCAGUAGGCGGCCAGGUGUCCUGGAGGUCCAUCAUCUUCAAGCAGGCUGAGGAUAAGAAUAAACUACGUGCCAUUCAGAACCCCCUUGGCAAUGAGCGGGACCCGCUUCAAGAAGUCGAUGAUCUGGUCGCCAAAGCUAUCUCUUUCCAUAACGUGUCUAAGAGUGUUAUGGGUGUUGGUGUGCUUCGGAGAGUCACUCUAGAUGUUUACCGCGGCGAAUACACGACGUUUUUCGCCGAGAAGAUUCAAGAACGUAUGUUGCAGAGAAUUGAGGAUCUAAUUACUGGUUUAACCCUACCGGAUGACGGUUCGGUGAACAUGUUGGGGAACGAUAUGGCUGCCCUAAGAAAAGCGGGCAAGCGCGUGGCGGCCAUGCAAGGCAUGCUGGGGUAUUGCCAUCGCGUGGGCUUGCUGGUUGGUGAGCUGACCGUGCAAGAAACUUUGCGAUUCUUUGUUCAGUUAAGCCUCUGGGAACAAAGCGAUGUAGAAGUCGAAGGUUACACUCUCAUCCACACUCCAAGAUUGUAUAAAGAGUGCGACUUGCAGGACGUUCGCGACGUGUAUGUGCGGAACCUAGGGAACUACUACAAGGCACAACUAUGCUGGGCCAUCGCUAUUAUACUGGAACCGCGCAUCGUGUUUAUACAAUCCUUCAUUGAUGGUCCAAAGUACAUUUCAGUGAUCAAUGAUAAAAUCGUGAAAUACAGAACGCACCUGACGAUAGUAAAGAUCUCGUUCACGACAUCAGUUCUAGAGCAUGCGGACCGCGUGUUCCUCUUCGACCGUAAAAUCCUCGUGUUCGGCGGCUCGCCGGCUUACAUGUUCUUUAAAUAUGGCCGAGAAUACCGUGUGCGUAUGACUUUUCGAGUCCGAGGCAGUCUCGACAACGAGAAAGUGGAGGAGUUGGUCGACCGAGCCGUUGAAAUGGGCGGGCAGGUUCGCGCCUACGUAGGCACGCUUCUCAUACUUCGGCUGCCGACCAGCCCCACCGACGUGACAGCAGAAUUCGUCAAAGAAAUCACUGAAAACGCCAACCAUUAUGGAAUCACUUCGCUAAACAUCAGCUUGCCGGAUAGCGAGGAGAUUCAUAAAAGGGCUAUAAAUGAUUCAAGAAAGCAAAUAAUUAGUUAUACUGGUUACGAUAGUCACACUAACACCUCUGAGCAAGCCCUUAGAGAAUUAACAAAACCGAAACUGUGGACACGUAACAAAUCCCCGUGCCUGAAUAUAUCCUUGCUAAAACAGACUGUGUGGAAAUACGUUUCUUUCUACAUACAUUAUAGAUUGUUUCUGAUCAUUACGAUGCUGUCAGCAAUAGUGACAGGCGCCAUAAUCGGUGUGUACCUGUCGUACCAAUUGAACGAGAUGGAAACAACUAUAUCCUCGUCUCGUUUGCUCGGUGAGAAGAUGACCGUAGAGGCCUUGGAGCAAAGCACUACGCUAGUGCUUAAGGUGUACAACACGGAUGAUGCCAUCUCCGUCGCCACUGGCUACGCCAUGUCAACUACCGGCGCUAGAUCUAAGGAAACGCAAAACAUGUUUUACACCGCCUUACCGUACACUGAGAGUUCGUCAGAGUACCUGAUGCUGCGAGCGAUCGACUCUCCGCAGCACUACGUCUACGCCUACGCGUACGGAAUGGAAUUGAAAGAUGAAGGUGAAAUCCUAGAUAUACACGUGUUAUACAGCCCAAUUCAUCACGACACCGCUGCAGCGGCGCGAUCUCUGGCCCGCGUGUACAUGGCCCUCUUGAGACAUUACACCAAAACACUUGAUGCGGACAUUGAGGUUACAGACGACCCUCUCAUGCUUGACUCCUCUCCUACUCGGAGAAAAACAAAAGUCCCACCGCUCGUAAUACACUUCAUGUUGAUUAUAACCAUCGCACACAUAACCUUGCUGCCUACCAUGGAACAUGGUCUUAUAAGGCACAUGCAGGUGCACGCAAUGAAUUUCUCCCCAGCACGCUACUGGUUCUCUCUGUUCUGUUGCGACAUCAUCCUCUAUUGGACCCUGGUGUUCAUCAUCACGACGGUCCUCUUCUGCGUCAUGUACUGGGUGGCGCCGGUGCAUUUCUUACACAGGGAUUUGAUCGUGAUCCCAUUCAUGCUCAUAAUGUAUGGCUUUAGUUGCGUGCCGCAAGCAUACCUCUUCAGUUUGGGACCCAGUGGAGCUUUAAAUUCUAUGUCCUUCGUCAUAUUCAACAUCAUUUUUGGCGAAGCCUCAGUAAUAAGCCAGUUUAUCCAAGGCGAAGCGUUCACCUACGCCGAGAGGGCGCUCAGCCUAUCCCCGCAGUACAACGUGGCCAACGCUUUCGUGCAGAUUACCAAGAUCUUUGUCUACAAUAGCGAGUGCGUCAUCUUUAUUAACAAGAAACUCUGCAAAUCGAAUGUACUGCAUAAAUGUUGCAAAAAGUGUGGCAUAAUGCAGGCUUGCUUCGAGCGCAUAUCCUACCUAUCAAAAGCCGGCAUCCGCGACGAAAUCCUCUGGACAAUCUACCACACCAUCAUCUUCAGCAGUCUCCUUAUCAUUUGGGAGUACCAAGUGCUCCAGCGGUUAUGGUACUACGCACGGAAACGCUGGUUUCCCCCCGAAGAACCUCCUGUGAUAAUGGAGGCGUCGGGAGGUGCGCAGGAGCGGUGGGACGUCGAGGCGAAAAGCAGGCAGAUGAAGCAAAAAAGGAUUAGAAGAAGUAUAAAAAGAGACACAUUCGGCGAAAACCUCUUAGUGAACAAUCUAUCAAAAAGAGUGAAUGGAGUUUAUAAACUCUCCCGCAUAGCCUUCGGGAUCGGGAAGGGCGAGGCUUUGUCCCUUGUCGGGCAGUCCACGGGAGAUCGGCUAGAACUUUGUGAGAUAUUAGCUGGGUUUAAGUGGCCCACUUCUGGGUCGACCAGUGCUAUGUCGAAAUGGGCGCUCACGACCGAUCCACAUAUGUAUUCUCGCAACGUCGCGUUCAGCUGCUUCGAGUACUGCCCCAUGCCUCCUUGGAUGACUGUGUACGAUUCCUUGUGGAUGAUGGGCGUGCUGCGCGGCAUCCCGCGGCAUUAUGUCCACGAGGAGGUCGCCAAUCUCCUGGAUGCCUUAGAACUCGACGAGGCCUCAAACAUGAACGUAUUCCGCCUGCACCAGAAUGAGAAGACGCGCCUAAACUUCGCCGUCGCCGUGAUCGGAGCACCGCCUGUUCUCGUCCUAGACGAGUUCACGGCGUACCAACAGUAUUCCGUCGACCGCGCCAUGUUCUACAUACUAUAUCAUCUGCGGAAGCAGGGACACGCGCUUCUAGUUAGUUCAGCUAGUAUAGAGAACCAUAUGGCGGUAACCAACCGUCUCGGGAUCCUCCUCAACGGGCAGCUGGUCGACGUGGACCACAUAGACGCCCUAGUGGCGCGCUAUAGCUCAGAAGGGUAUACGGUGGUGGUACAUCUGAAGGACGAAGUCGAUAUAGAAGCCAUAUUUGCUCGGCAUUUCGAGAAUUUCAGCGUCAACGAUGUCUCUGAUGUUUUAGCAAACGUCCAAGUCAAAGAUGCACUAAAUUACGCCGAAAUAUUCAGUAAAAUGGAGGAGCUAUUACACGCAAACCAAACAGUAUAUUCCUACGUCAUCACCGUGACUGCCAUGGACUAUAUUUACAACGACAUCAUAGACAAAGGAACGAAGAUCCAAAUCGUUCCUGACGAGUACUUCUGGCCUUGUCUAAACUUCUUAGCAAGGAAGAAGAAGAAGGUAGAUUUACAGAAGUUAUUGGAAUUAGAGAAAUUUCGGAAGAAGUAUGAUAUCGCUUCGUUGAAAGAGUUGCCGUGGUCUGUGAUCUUUCGGAGAUAAUUCAAGAGCUUUUCUUGCAGUAGUGGUCAAACCAAGUGUGAGAUCUGGCUUUUGAGGUUGCUUUUUAUGCUUAGACCAGUUCGCUCAAGCAGUAUAGAAGUCCUAGCCAUGAUGCCAAUCGUUUGCGCCGUUGCGAACGAAACGGUAAUCUCUCUCUAUCAUUCUUCCAUAUGAUUGCGACAGAGAUAUUAGCGUUUCGUUCGCUAAGGCGCAAACGAUUGACAUCUUGGCUAGCCACCCAGUUAUCACUAGAUUGAUUUCGUUGUACUUGCUUAUUAAUUAAAUAAUAUGUAAGCAAGGCUCGCAAACCGAUUAAAUUUCCAAACCGUUAUCAUGUACUUGGCGCAAAACCUUUUAAUUUCGGUUCCGUUCAUAAACCCGUUAUUUUGAAAUCGGUUUUAGGAGAACAUUUCCAUAAAGUUCUUGUCAGAUUAACCGGUUUAGAACAAUAAAAACCGGCUUUUUCCUAUGUCAGUGGCUUUGUUUACGCGGCUCACCACCAGGCCGGUGCGUCUCGUCACUCGUCGAAAAACCGGUUUGUUCAGGUUACAAUAAAGUUCUUAAAACGUACGCAUUCUUAUGAAAGUUCGGAGUAAAACCGAAAUAAAUCGGUAUCUGCCGCUAUUUUUAAAACCGGUUCCGAGCCUUGUAUUUAAGUAAUUCCCAUCACAAAACUCCAUCGAGAUGUGACUUAUUUAAAUAGGCAAAGUUUAAUGUAAUGUUGAAUUUUUGACAAGCCACGGAAAGUCAGAUGCAUCAUUCACCAACACGUAACUUCCUCCUGAAGAUUUAAGGAUGAUUCUCCCUAGACCGGGCGAGGCCCGGGCCGAGAAGUCCGACACGUCAUUUUCUAUAUGACGGCUGAUCAGUGAUUACGUGGUGCUUUCCAUAGAAAACGAAGCGCCGGAAGCUGCGGCCCGGGCCCGGCCUGGUCUAGCGUUCAUCCUUUACCGUAGCUUGUUGCGCAUGAACAUUUCUUUUAGCAUGGGUGCAUUGACCUGACUAACGGGGUCAAUGACCUUGUCUGAGUUACUCUGCGUGAGUGGGAGGGAUCUCAGUGUAUUGCGCAAGCGACAAAGACAGAUGCCCAAUUUUUUCUGCACUAGCAGCAUGGUUUCAUUUUUAUCGCUUGUCACUUUGCCCGUCCCUUUCGCACAUACUUGUUAGAACGUGACAGGCAUGGUGACAAAUGAUAAAGGGCCGACCAUCUUAGCCGUACUGGUCGCUUGCCCUAUUUAUCUUGAUAGUUUCGUUGUUAAGAAUAAGACUAUAAUUUUAAUUUUUUGUUAGAGUAUAUUAAUUAUUUUGUUAAGAGGCUAUCAACCACCCAGUGGCGCCCUCAUUAGUGGAAUUAUGUUUUGUAAUAAACCAAUCCAUGUCUACGUACAAUCCAGUAUAUUAAUGUUGUAGUCCUACUGAUUCCCCAACUUUUGGUAUUUGUCACAAUUUUAUUUUGUUUUUUGCUUUAUCAACUAAAUGGCAAAAGGCCACCUUUUUCCGUUUAGGUUAUUAAGUCAAAAGUAAUGAAUGUAAAACUAUCUCACAAGAACAAAAAUUGUGGAAUAGGUAGGACAACCAAAAUGGAUUGGUUUCUCAGAAAACACAAAUCCACUAAUGAGUAAUGAGGGCGCCACUGAUGGACGGACGAUGCGGUCUUAAGGCUCCCCUACACGAUGGUCCAGCUGUGGACCAGCGAUGGUGAUGGCUCCUCUAUACCAUGCGAUGGUUGAGAGCACGCACUAUGGAAUGGGCCACGUGUAGAUGCGUACUCACUAUCGCUGGCCCACCUUUGAUGUGCGGACGAAAAACUGACACCAUGGCCAUCCCAUCGCCAUAAGCCAUCCGACACCACUACCCUGUCUACACGCUGGCCCAUCUUAGUGGGCUAGUAUGAUGGCCUAUCGUGUAGAGGAGCCAUUAAGUUCCAUACCUUUUUUUCAAUUCACGAAGAUGCUCCAUUCUGUCCAGUUUGUUUUCAUUCUGUAGGUAUGUUAGUGCAUGCAAAUAAAAGCGUUUUUGUGUUACA